CAGACACGUUCACGGACUCCAAUUUGGGACAUGGUCGUAGUUGGAUGUCCGUAUGUCCGUAGUUUAGUUUAGUUUAAUUUGUUUUAAUUUGGCUAAUUGUGUUUAUUAAUGAAAAGUGUGUAUUUGUUUGAAACUGAUUUAAACCUGGUAUUAAGCCAGGAGUGAAAUAAUUGCAAGAAUUUGUAUUGAGAAUUAUAAUAUUAAUUGUGGUUAGAUACUACUAUCUUCUUGGUCACAUGUCUAACAGCAAUAUAUGAAUCCGAGUGCAUCUUAAAUAUAAAUAACCACACCUUAUGAUAAAUGGAUUUUAUAUAAAUUAUUACUGAUUUCUUUCUGAAUGGAAAAAUGAUUUUUAAAGCGUGCAGAAGGAAUAGCGGAAAAAUCAAUUAAGGAAGCGUGAUGGUCUCAUAACCUAAAAUCAAUGGUUGAUAAUUUGAGGAAAAUUUGCCACAUUCUUUAAUACCAUCGGAAUACAGGCAUUUCAGGAUACAACACGUCAUUUGUUAACAAAUUUGCAUCAGAUAAAAUAAGAAAAAUGAAUAAGGGAAUCACCUUAUUAACAAAUAUCUAAGUUUGUAAAUUCAGUGGAUUUUAUUUGUGAAAUUUGUUUCCGAUAUUUGUGACGAAUAAUAUUUUUAAAAGAACCAUGGAGGUAGUGACGAAAGCGGAAGAACAAGAUUUGGCACCUCGUGCUUAUCAAAUUGAUCUUUUCGAGAAGGCCGUUUCAAACAAUACGAUAAUUUUUCUUCCCACAGGAUCAGGAAAAACGUAUAUUGCUGUUCAAGUUGUAAAGAAAAUGAGUGCCGCUAUCCAAGGUAAAUACAGCAGUGGAACAAAACGAACAGUUUUCAUAGUAAAUACAGUUCCACUUGUAUCACAACAAACAGAUUAUCUUACAAGGCACACAGGCUUAAAGGCCAAAGGUUUUAGCGGCGAUAUGCAAGUUGACUUUUGGGACAAUAAAAAAUGGUGGAGUGAAAUCGAGGACACUCCGAUUUUAGUUAUGAUAGCUCAGAUAUUUGUCGAUAUUGUAAAUCACGGAAUUAUGUCACUUGAUCGGGUAAAUUUAAUUGUAUUUGAUGAGUGUCAUAGAGCUGUAAGCGAUCAUCCAAUGAGGCAAAUAAUGCAAAGAUUUGAGGAAUGUUCUUCUGAUAAUCGACCAAGAGUAUUAGGUUUAUCGGCUACAUUACUUAAUUCUAAUGUUAAAUUGGAAAAAGUACAAGAAACAAUUGAGUCACUGGAAAUAACAUUUCACGCGAAAAUAGCGUCAAUUGAGUCCCUCGCUAUUGUUGCUGGAUUUUCUACAAAUCCAAAAGAAAAUUGUAUUAAAUAUAAUGAUGAAAAAGCUUGUUGCAAAACAGUGGAUGAUAUUAUAGAUGAAGUGACAAAAAUUCUAAAAAUAGUUAAAAUACCACAACCAUCGGAUAAUAAUCAUUCGUCUUUUGAAUUUAAAUCAAAAUCAAGAAGUGAAAAAUUAAAAAAUAUUUUAUCAGAUAUUAAAGAAAAUUUAUUGGAUACAGGUACAUUCGGAGGUAGUAAAGCAGUUUUAUUGCAUAUGAUACAAUUAGAGAGUAUAAAAAGAGUUGUUGCCGAACCACAAGCAAUAUUCGUUUUGGAGUAUAUUUUAUCAAAAUUAAUGAUUUUAAGAAAAAUUUUUGACGUUCAAAUGCAGGGAUUAUCGUUGAGAGAUCAAAUUUAUCAAUUUUCAUCAGAUAGAGUUUUGAAGUUAAUAGCAAUUUUAAAACAAUUCAAUGAUCAAAAAAAUGCGGAUCAAAAAUUUUGUUGCAUUAUUUUUGUGCAGCGACGUUUUACUGCACAAGUUUUAUAUCACAUUCUGAAAAGCCUUAAUCAAUCCGUCGAAGAAUUCAAAUUUUUAAUACCUGAAUAUAUGGUUGGAUUCAAUAAUGAUCCUUUUAAGAAUGCGAAAGAAACCAUGUGUAUUGCUAAAUGGAAUCAGGAUGUUUUAAGAAGAUUUCGAAGUGAAAAAUCAAAUUGUAUUGUGGCUACUGAUGUGGUAGACGAAGGCGUCGAUAUUCCACAUUGUACAUUAAUUGUUCGCUUUGAUUUGCCGAUGGAUUUUAGAUCAUACAUUCAAAGUAAAGGUAGAGCACGUCAUUCAUCAAGUCAAUAUACAAUGCUUGUUGCAAAUGACAACACUAAAUUUGAAUCAAAAUACAUUCAAUUUCACCAAACUGAACAAUUUCUUCAACAAAUACUUGUUGGUCAAACUGAUUUUCGAACAUUGCCUAAUGAUGAAGACAUUGAAAAUGAAUUGUAUUCUUACAAAAUUGAUCCUUAUUUGCAUAUUAAUGCAGAAGGUAAACCGUGCGUUAUAACAGAACAAUCGGCAAUCGCUUUAUUAAAUCGAUAUUGUGCAAAUUUAUAUAAAUCAAAAUUUAUUAGUUUAUCUCCAACGUGGAGUUUACAUAAAAAACGAGAUUUACAAUCAACUACAGAACUAUUCUAUAAGGUAUCGCUCACAUUGCCAAUUGUUUCGCCUUUGAAAGAAGUGAUUAUGGGUGAUUGGAUGAAAGCCAUUGAUGAUGCCAAAAGAUCAGUUGCAAUGAAAACAUGCAUUAGAUUAAAAGAAAUUGGUGAAUUAAAUGAUAAUUUAAAUCCCAUUGAUCCUGAUGAUAUUCAAGAAAAUGUCAAUCAUCUUUUUCCAAAUUGGGAGGAGGAAAAUACUAAUGAUCAUUGUGCACCGGGAACUUAUAGCAAAAAGAGAAAACAUAAUUUAAUUCAUCCAAAACCUCUUUAUGGAGCAUUUCCCCAAGUAAAUAAGACUUUGUUUCUUCAUCUACUGAAAAUGACACCAAAAUACACGGAGCCAUUGGAUAAUCGUCAUUUAGUGUUUUAUAAUUUAUUGAAAGAUAAUGCAGGUUAUGGAAUUUUAACAACCACUGAAUUUCCCGAAAUACCAAAUUUUCCCAUUUUUAUGAAUGUUGGACCCCUGGAGAUUCAUGUGGAAGUUAAUUUUAAAAGAAUUACUUUAGAUGAAGAAAAAAUUAAUGCUAUGAGGGGUUUUCAUACAAUGGUGUUUUUCAAACUUCUUAAUCUUGUGAAGGAAUUUAUGGUUUUCGAUGUUUAUAAUUUAGAAAAUAAUUUCGCCGUUGUUCCAGUGGACAAAAACUGUGAAAUCGAUUGGAAACUUAUUUAUUCUUAUCAAACAAUUGAAAAUAAAGAACCUCCUUCACCGUUUGAAAUUAAUGAAAACGAUUAUGAAUUGGCUUUGGUAAAACCGAAUUACAGAGCUGCGCCUAAUAUCUAUAUCGUUACAAUGAUAUGCGAUGAUAUUACUGCUGACUCGAGUUUUCCAGAUUACAAAUUUCAUUCUUAUGUCGAAUAUUAUAGAGAUCAUUACAAACUUACUAUAACAAAUGUGAAACAACAUCUUCUAGAAGUUAAAACAAUAUCCACAAAGAUCAAUUGCAUCGUACCACGGAGUACCAGUAAAAAAACAAAAGAGAAUAUUGAUUUAACGGAACAUCUUGUUCCUGAACUUUGUGACAUUAUAAAUUUUCCAGCGUUAUAUUGGCUAAAAGCAACUGCUCUUCCAUCGAUUAUUCAUCGAAUAACACAACUUUUAAUAGCUGAUGAUCUUCGACAAGAGAUUGAAAAGAAUGCAAAUAUUACAGUUCCAAUUGUAAAAAAACCAGUGUCUUUGACAAUAUCAACAAUACCAAUGGCAAAACAAAAAGAAAUUUUGGAAACAACUUUAGACGAAUCAUCAGAAAUGGAUGUCUCUGAUUUACAGCCAGAAAUUAGAGGCCCAGAAAUUGAUGUUUUAAACAUGGAAGCAGAAUAUCCGUGGUCCAAGAGAGAUGAACCUCCGGAUUUAAUUCGCAAUGCGGAUAUAAUUCAAUUGAUUCACAUUGAAACUUAUCACAAAUUUAUGGGUAAACAGGACAGGAAAAAUAUGCCAGAUAUUUUGAUGAAAUCAAAGCAAAAUGUUUCUUACUUUAAUCGGCCAAAUAUGACAGCGCCAGUUAUUAAAAUGUUGUCAAACACGAAUUUCGAGGGUCUGAAUAAUGUCAUUUUAAUGAAGGCUCUAACGAGUAAAAUAAGUAACGAUGCUUUUGAUUUAGAACGAAUGGAAACAUUAGGUGAUUCGUUCUUAAAAUUUGCUGUUUCACUUUUCUUGUAUGAAACAUACAAGAGCUUUAACGAAGGCCAAUUGACAUAUUUAAAGGGAAAAUUAAUUGGAAAUCGUAAUUUAUAUUAUUGUGGAAAAAAUAAAAAUAUUCCCGGACGAAUUAAAGUUGAGGAAUAUAUUCCCAAUAGUAAUUUUAUUGUUCCUGCAUUUACUGCUGAAAGAUCUAUCCAAGGAGUAUUAAUUGACAAUGAGAUAUCUUCAAAUGUCUUAUAUGAAUUACAUAUACCAGACGAGGAGAAAAUCAAAGGUUAUAUAUCUGAAUUCACUUUGGAUCAGAUUCAGGAUAAAGUUUUAACAUGGAACGAUACACCAUCUAAUUGUGUAAUGGAACAAUUCUUAGGAAGACAAAAUGUUGCUGACAAAGUUGUUGCCGAUUCUGUAGAAUCAAUUAUUGGCGCUUCUCUUUGCACAUUGGGUACGGAAGGUGCUUUAAACAUUCUUAAAUGGUUUCAAAUAAUUCCAUUUAAUUCGCAAAUUGAAAUGAAAUUCAUUUCGGUUUCCUCAAAAUCGUUUAAUGAAAUAGUUUCUAAACAAAUUAACGAUCACAUGCCAUGGGCAAAUAUGCUUGAAAAAAGAUUAAAUUAUACAUUCAAUGAUCGAACAUUACUUCUGCAGGCAUUUUCGCAUCCAUCGUAUUCGAUUAAUGGAUUAACUCCUUGUUACCAAAGAUUGGAAUUUCUUGGAGAUGCUGUUUUAGAUUUUUUGAUUACCGUAUAUAUUUAUGAAUAUUGUGGUGAAUUGAGUCCAGGUGAUCUCACAGAUUUACGUUCAGCAUUAGUGAACAAUAUUACAUUUGCCUGCCUAUCCGUAAGAUAUGGAUUACAUACUGCUCUUCUAGCGUAUGUACCACUUCUACACGAUACAAUUAAUAGAUUUGUCAAAUUUCAAGAAGAAAAAAAUCACGCCGUUGAUGUCGAGUUACUCUGGAUUCUUUUAGAAGAGAGUGAGUGCAAUUUAGCCGAGCACGUCGACGUCCCAAAAGCAUUGGGAGAUAUAUUUGAAUCUUUAAUUGGUGCUAUUUAUUUAGAUUCAGGAAAAGAUAUAAAAAAAGUUUGGGAAAUUGUAUUUACAAUGAUGCAUGAAGAAUUUGAAUUGUUUUGUGCUGAUGUGCCAAAACAACCGAUACGAGUUAUAUAUGAGACAGGUGUUCGACCAAGAUUUUUGAAAGCGACAAUAGUUGAAUCAACUGGACAAGUAAUGGUCGGUUUAGAAAUAACUGUCGAGGGAAAAGCAAAACUCUUCCAUGGAUUUGGCGCUAAUAAAAAGCAAGCUAAAUCUGCAGCCUCGAAACAAGCGUUAAAAUAUUAUCGCUCUAAAAAAAAAUCCAAGGAAUGUGAUGCAACAUGUUCAAUUCCAAUUAACGUUUAAGAAAAACAAAAAUAUAUAUAUAUAUAUUUAUUCAUCAGGCAUCAAUGUUGAAAAAUACUUUAAAAGUAUUUAUUUUUUAUAUAUAAUAAAAAUUUUAAUAUAAAUAUUUUAAAAAAUAAAAAAAAGAAAUGAAAAUAAAUGUCAAAGAAUUUUAACGACUGUAUAAACAGCAAAGAGUACAUUGUUAAUAUUUUGUUAAUAAUUGAAAGCUUUUUAAUAAUUGUAUGGAAUUUUUAAAAAUAUAAAUCAAUUUAUUUUAACGAUAAUGUGAGAAUUUAAUUUAUAAUAUAUAUAAAAAAACAACUCUUGUAAAAUAAAUAAAGUAUAAAUCUUUUUUUAAUUAACACAAAAACAUUUACAUUUAUUAUAUCUUUUCAUUGAUUAGAAAAUUUUUAAGAAUUUUCAUCUUCGAAUCAAUAUAGGAAUGUUUAUCAUUAAUUUUUUUUUUUUUUACUCAAUGAUUUAAAAACAGUGUAAUAAAAAAAAUGCCUAUCUAUACACAAAAAGAAAAUUUGAAGAAAGAUUUUGUUAGAAUUUAAUGAAAAAAAAAAAAUUAAA